AUGAGUAGCAGGAACUCUACCACUGUCCCUGGCUUCAUACUCACGGGGCUGACGGACUCUGCAGAGACACAACUGGUCCUCUCUGUGCUCUUCCUCCUGAUUUACCUGAUCACGGUGCUGGGGAACACAGGGAUGAUACUGAUCAUUCGCCUGGAUCCCCAGCUGCACACCCCCAUGUACUUUUUCCUCACUCACCUGUCUUUUCUUGACCUCAGCUACUCAAGUGUCGUCACCCCUAAAACCUUACACAACUUACUGACUUCCACCAAGAGCAUCUCCUUCCUGGGCUGCUUCACCCAGAUGUUCUUUUUUAUCCUCUUGGCUGGCACUGAAUGCUUUCUUCUCUCCUCCAUGGCCUAUGAUCGCUAUGUAGCUAUCUGCAACCCUCUGCACUAUCCAGUCAUUAUGUCAUCAAGACUGUGCUAUGCCCUGGUCACUGGCUCUUAUGUUAUCGGCUUUGUGGAUUCCACUAUGACUGUUGUUUUCAUGAGCAACCUGCACUUUUGCAAGUCCAAUAUGAUCCAGCACUUUUUCUGUGACUCAUCCCCAAUCUUUGCCCUGUCCUGCAGUGACAUUUAUAAGGUUGAGCUCAUUAUACUCAUUGGUGCUGGAUCCACUGUACUACUAUCCCUCAUUUUCAUAUCUGGAUCCUAUCUGUCCAUCCUCUCCACUAUCCUGAAAAUUAAUUCCACUGCUGGAAAGAAGAAAGCCUUCUCCACCUGUGCCUCCCACCUCCUGGGAGUCACCAUCUUCUACAGCACUAUCAUCUUUACUUACCUAAAACCGAAGACGUCCUACUCCUUGGGAAGGGAUCAGGUGGCUUCUGUGUUUUACACGAUUGUGAUCCCCAUGCUGAACCCCCUCAUCUACAGCCUCAGAGACAAAGAGGUGAAGAAUGCUGUUGUUAGAAUCCUGCAGAAGAGAGAGGGCUGCAGGCUGUUAAUAUAA